AGACUCUUCUGCUAAUCAACUCUCCUUCUUGUUCUUCCAAAAAUGGCAUCAAGCUCAAUGUCCUUCCAUGGCUCUUGGACAGCAGAGCAGAACAAGGCCUUUGAGAAGGCUCUGGCGGUGUACGACAAGGACACUCCCGACCGGUGGUCCAACGUUGCCAGAGCUGUUGGAGGGAAGACAGCUGAAGAAGUGAAGCGACAUUAUGAAAUCCUUGUGCAGGAUGUCAUGUCUAUUGAGAAUGGUAGGGUGCCCUUUCCCAACUACAGGACUACUACAGGAGGUCGCACUAAAACGAACACUGCUGAUAAUUAAUAUUACCAGAGGUAGGAUGUAGUUCUAUUCAUGUAAUACUAGUACUAUCUAUUGGAUAAAUAACCUCCAUUCAUCCAAAGUACAUGAAUUUACUUAGUUCGUGUAUUCAAAAUUAUUGUAAGAAAACAUGUACCAUCUUGUACUUGUACUUCGGAAACAGAAAAGCCAAGAAUAAGUUAUUAUGACACAUGUACUAGAGUAGAAGAUUUCCUAUGAAUACCUAAAUAAUGCCAACU